CUCCAUCUUUCAAUUCUCAUAGCUCUUUCGGACUAUAUACACAACAAGCAAGAAUACCAACAACGUCACUCGCAAGAUGCACGCAGUCAGACCUUUUCUGCGUAGUGGCGCAUUACUCCGAUCCAAACGAAAUGCAAUCUUCGUCAUGAACCAUAGAAACCUCACUACUCCUUCGUCUCCCAUCAGAGCUAGUGUAAGUAAUGUCAUGGUCGAUCAGACUGGACCUGGUGAGGUCAGAGAGGAUCCAGGUGAAGGACAUGAGGGUGAUACGGUGGCGGGAAAAAAUGAAAGUGGGGAAGAAAUGUUCGGUUUCAAACUCAAUCCCGUAUCCACAAAAACCGGUGGUCAUGCGAAAUCAGAAGGUCGACCCAUAUACCUAGAUAUGCAAGCUACCACACCAAUGGACCCUCGAGUCCUCGAUCGUAUGCUACCUUUCCUCACUGAACAAUUCGGUAAUCCUCAUUCUAGAACUCACGCUUAUGGUUGGGAAGCUGAGAGUGGGGUCGACGAAGCUCGACAACAUGUAGCUUCUUUGGUCGGUGCGCAAAGUAAAGAUAUAGUUUUUACAAGUGGAGCUACGGAGAGUAAUAAUUUGCUCAUCAAGGGGAUUGCGAAGUUUCAUCAGGCCAAGAGAAAACAUAUUAUCACUACGCAGACUGAACACAAAUGCGUACUUGACUCCUGUCGAUAUCUUCAAACACAAGGAUUCGAAGUGACUUAUCUCCCUGUCCUUCCUAACGGUCUCAUCUCCCUUUCAGAACUUCGCGCUGCUUUACGCCCGGACACCUCCCUCGUUUCCAUCAUGACAGUCAACAAUGAAAUAGGUGUGAUUCAACCUAUCAAAGAAAUCUCCGACACUUUGAAAUCUUGGGCAAAAGAAAACAAACAACAAAAACCUUUUCUCCACACCGAUGCUGCACAAGCGGUAGGUAAAAUCCCAAUCGAUGUGGAAGAAAUGGGAAUAGACGCAAUGUCUAUAUCAGGUCAUAAGAUAUACGGACCUAAAGGUAUAGGUGCAGCUUAUGUUCGUCGUCGACCUAGAGUACGGUUAGAACCUCUCAUACAUGGUGGUGGACAGGAAAGAGGGUUGAGAAGUGGGACUGUACCUGCUCCACUUGUGGUGGGAUUGGGUGAGGCUUGUAGGUUGGCAAAGGAAGAAAUGGGUAGAGAUCAUGAGAGGAUCAAGAAAUUAUCGGAUAGGUUAGUGGAAGGUAUAACAAGUCAAGUGGAACAUAUCGUAAGGAAUGGGGAUCCGAAUGGAUAUCCUGGUUGUGUCAAUUUAUCUUUUGCCUAUGUGGAAGGAGAAUCUUUACUUAUGGCUUUGAAGGACAUCGCACUUUCUUCCGGAUCUGCCUGUACAUCCGCCUCUCUCGAACCUUCAUACGUAUUACGAGCCCUCGGAGCGGCGGAAGAUAUGGCACAUUCGUCCCUUCGUUUCGGCCUUGGAAGAUUCACAACCGAAGCAGAGAUAGAAUUGGUCAUUACGAGAAUAGUGGGUGUUGUGAAUAGGUUAAGGGAGAUGAGUCCACUUUGGGAGAUGGUUCAAGAAGGUAUUGAUAUUAGUAAGAUUGAAUGGAGUCAACAUUGAUCCUCAUCUUGUCACCUUUUUCAAGUAAAUUUUGUAGCAGUCUAAGGGUACAGAGUCAUGCAUCAGUCGUAUCGUUAU